AUGUCCUCGCAGUGGCACGAGCUGUGCAAUGUGUGGCCACUCGACCCAACAAAGGGCGCAAAGCGCCAGCUUCGCGAGUCGGACAAGCCCAUGAAGGUGUCACACCUUCAGUUUGGGAUGCUUAAGCCGCACGAGAUGCAGAGAGUGGCGCACCUCCAGGUGGUCAACCGUGAGCUGUACCAACAGCCGUCGCGUGUGCCACAACCCUUUGGACCGCUCGACCUCCGGCUGGGAGCAUCGUCCAAGGUCACGCUGUGCGAGACGUGCGGGCGGAAGCUCGCCGACUGCGUGGGCCACUUUGGAGUGGUAGAUUUGGAGCUGCCUGUCUUUCAUAUCGGGUACUUUAAGACGGUGAUGACGCUGCUGCAGUGCAUUUGCAAGGUGUGCGCGCGGACGCUGAUCUACGAGGCCGAGGCUGCGCAGUAUCUGGCGCGGAUGCGGGCGUACGAGGGCAAGCCGCUGCAGCAGCGGCAGCUGCAAAAGCUGGUCAUCGAAAAGUGCAAACGGAUGACGCGGUGCGCGCACUGCGACGCGGUGGUGGGCUCGGUCAAGAAGGCCGGCGCGCUCAAGAUUGUGCACGAGCGGUUCCGGUCCAAGCGCGACGACGGGACGGAGGAGCUCUACGCCUCGCUGGAGGCUGCGCUCGCAGCUAACAAGGAGCUCGAGCCACUGCUGUCCAAGGUACAGGACACGAUCACGCCUGCUGUGGCGCUCUCGCUCCUGCAGCGGCUGUCGACGGAGGACUGCGAGAUGCUGAGCAUGCGGCCGCUGGUGGGGCGACCGGAGGAGAUGAUUCUCACCAAGCUCCUUGUCCCGCCGGUCUGCAUCCGGCCGUCAGUGACUGCAGCGAUGACGUCAGGCUCGAACGAGGACGAUCUGACGAUCAAGAUCGGCGACAUUGUGCACAUCAACACCAUCAUCAAGGACUCCCUGUCCAAGGGCUCGUCGGUGAGCAACGUGCAGGGCCUGUGGGACUUUAUGCAGCUUCAGGUGGCGUCUUACAUCAACUCGGAGCUGCCGGGGGUGCCGGCGUCUGUCCGACAGUCGAUGAAGUCGCGCAAGUACACCGGACUCUGCCAGCGGAUGAAGGGCAAGACCGGGCGGUUCCGCGGCAACCUGUCGGGCAAGCGAGUCGACUUUUCGUCGCGGACUGUCAUUUCGCCAGACCCCAACAUGUCGAUCAACGAAGUGGUCAUGCCUGCGCUCCUUGCCAAGGUGCUCACCUACCCACAGACGGUGUGCGCGGCGAACCGGGCCCAGUUGCAGGAGGCGGUCCGGGCCGGGCCGGACGGCUUCAACGGUGCCAACUUUAUCGUGGAGCGGUCGGGCGCGAAAAAGUACCUCAAGUACACCAACCGGCACAAGGUGGCACUCUCGCUCCGCGACGGCGACGUGGUCGAGCGGCACGUCCGUAAUGGCGACGUGGUGCUGUUCAACCGGCAGCCGUCACUCCACAAGGUCUCGAUCAUGUCGCACCGCGUCCGGGUCAUGCCGUGGCGCACGUUCCGGUUCAACGUCUGUGUCUGCUCGCCGUACAACGCCGACUUUGACGGCGACGAGAUGAACCUCCACGUCCCGCAGACCGAGGAGUCGCGGGCCGAGGCCUCGGUGCUCAUGGGCGUAGAGAACAAUCUGGUGACGCCACGGUCGGGCGAGCCGCUCAUUGCCGCCAUCCAGGACUUUAUCACCUGCACUUACCUGGUGACGCACAAAGACAUGUUCCUCGACAAGGCGCAGUUCUGCCAGGCGUGCACCUACUUUGCCGAUGCUGCCGAGCGCAUUGUCCUCCCGCCGCCGGCCAUUCUCAAGCCGGUCGAGCUGUGGACUGGCAAGCAGGUCUUCUCGGUCCUCCUCAACCCUGCGGCCAACUACUCGGGCACCGGCGACCCGAACCGCGAAGUCACAGUCAAUCUCUCGACCAAGAACAAGUCGUACUCCAAGGCCGGCGCCGAAAUGUGCCCGUCGGACGGGUGGACGCUCUUCUACAACUCGCAGCUGCUCGCGGGGGUGGUGGACAAGGCCAUUGUGGGCUCGGGCUCCAAGGCCUCGCUCUUCUACGUCAUCGAGCGCGACAACUCGCCGGCGCAGGCCGCGCGCGCCAUGCAGCGCCUCGCCAAGUUCUCAGCCCGCUGGCUGGCAUCGUACGGCUUCUCCAUCGGCAUCUCGGACGUCACGCCCUCGGCGUCGCUCGUCAAGCGCAAGGCGGCCAAGAUCGCAGACGCGUACGCCGCUGUCGACGAGCUCAUCGCCCAGUUUGGCCGCGGCGAGCUCGUGCUCCAGGCCGGCUGCUCGGCCGAGCAGACGCUCGAGAACAAGAUCACUAAGGUCCUGUCGGACGUCCGUGGCGAAUGCGGUGACAUUUGCCUCGCCGAGCUCAAGCCGACCAACGCUCCGCUCAUCAUGACCAUGUGUGGAUCCAAGGGCUCCAACAUCAACAUCUCGCAGAUGGUGGCCUGCGUCGGCCAGCAGACCGUCUCCGGCUCGCGCAUCCCCAACGGGUUCCUCUACCGCACCCUGCCUAUGUUUGAGAAGAACUCGCGGAUCCCGGCCGCCAAGGGCUUUUGUGCCAACUCGUUCUACUCGGGCCUCAACCCGACCGAGUUCUUCUUCCACACCAUGGGUGGCCGCGAAGGCCUCGUCGAUACCGCCGUCAAGACCGCAGACACUGGGUACAUGCAGCGCCGCCUCAUGAAGGCGCUCGAGGACCUCUCGGUCCAGUACGACGGCACCGUCCGCAACUCGGUCGGCUCGGUCAUCCAGUUCCGCUACGGCGACGACUGCCUCGAUCCGUCGCUAAUGGAGGGCGACUCCAAGCCGGUCAACUUUGAGCGGACCUUUUCGUCGGCUCGCGUCGAGGCUGCCGUCCGCUCACGCGCGGCAGCCGAGGCCUGGCUCCUUCCGCGCCAGAUGCUCGACCGACUCUCCGCCUUUUUCGCCGCGCCGGACAUGACCCGCCUCGGCGCCGGCGGCAGCGUCCCGCGGGCCGAGCUCGUCUCGGAAAAGUUCCUCGAGGAUUUGCGCGCCUUUAUGAUCGAAAAGGUUGACGAACUUGCCGAGACGCGGGCCCGGUUCGGCCUCGACCCGCACACCGCCGCAGAGCCGGGCUCGGCUCUUGCCGGCGUCGAGCACGCCGUCGGCGAGGCCGCCUCGGUCAUGCCGUCGCAGCUCGAUGCCUUCCUCACCACCGCCUUUUUCAAGUACCGGCGCGCCGAGAUCGAGCCCGGCUCGGCUGUGGGCGCGCUCGGCGCACAGUCGAUCGGUGAGCCCGGAACCCAAAUGACGCUCAAGACCUUCCACUUUGCCGGCGUGGCGUCGAUGAACAUCACCCUCGGCGUCCCGCGCAUCCGUGAGAUCAUCAAUGCGUCCAAGAACAUCUCAACGCCCAUCAUCAAGGCGCCACUGCUCAACCCGGACGAGGAGCGGGCAGCGCGGAUUGUCAAGGGCCGCGUCGAAAAGACGACUCUCGGCGAAAUCGCCUCGGAAAUCACCGCGGUCUACGCCCGCUCGCAGGUUUACAUGCUCAUCCGCCUCGACGACGACCGCAUCCGCAGGCUCCAGCUCGACGUCUCGGUCGAGUCGGUCGCUGCCGCCAUCCUCGCUGUCUCCAAGCUCAAGCUCACGCCCGACAGCCUGGCCGUCGACAGGACGUCGAUUCGCAUCACGCCAGCCCAGCGCGAGAAGGAGUCGCUCUCGGCCGCCGUCCAGACGCUCAAGAACAAGCUGAGUGGCAUCGUGGUGUGCGGCAUUCCCUCGGUCGACCGUGCCAUCAUCUCCAAGGACGCCGGCAAGCACAUGCUCAUGGUCGACGGCAUUGACCUCCAGGCCGUCAUGGGCAUCAAGGGCAUCGAUGCGUACUCGACCACCUCGAACCACAUCAUCGAGGUUGAGCGGACGCUCGGAAUCGAGGCCGCCCGCCAGACCAUCAUGAAUGAGAUCGACUUUACCAUGUCGUCUCAUGGCAUGUCUGUCGACCAGCGCCACCUCAUGCUCCUUGCCGACCUCAUGUCGUUCCGCGGCGAGAUCCUCGGCAUCACCCGCUUCGGCAUCGGCAAGAUGAAGAACUCGACCCUCAUGCUCGCCUCGUUUGAGAAGACCAUGGACAUCCUGUUCGACGCCGCCGUCCGCCACCGUGUCGACGCCAUCAACGGCGUCUCCGAAUGCAUCAUCAUGGGUGUGCCGGUCUCCAUCGGCUCGGGCGCCAUGAAGGUCCACUACAACUACGACGCAGCCGCAAAGGAGCUCGGCACAGCCGGCCGCAAGCUCAUCCGCCCUUCGCUUGCUCUUGCUGCACACUAAACAAGCGCGAGCAGCUC